UCUAAACUCUCCAUGGAGCAGCAUAAACACACCUCCAACAUGUCCCUUCUCACCCACCUGUUGGCGUGUCUGUUUGGGAUGGGCUCCUGGGUCUCCAUCAACGGCCUGUGGGUGGAGCUACCCCUCGUCGUCCCCCAGAUCCCCGAGGGCUGGUACCUGCCGUCGUACCUCUCUGUCCUCAUCCAGAUGGCCAACGUUGGGCCCCUCUUCGUCACCCUGAUGCACCGCUUCCGGCCCGGCGCCCUGAACGAGGCGGCCGUCAUAUACGCAAUCAUCGGCCUGGGCACCGCCGCCAGCUUCCUGCUGGCUUUCUUCUGGAAGGAGACCGUGGUGGUGGCAGGCGCUCCUCGCAGCGUGGCCCUGCUCGUCUUGACUUUUUUCCUCGCCACCGUUGACUGCACUUCCUCCGUCACCUUCCUCCCCUUCAUGAUGCGUCUGAAGACUCAGUACCUGACCACGUACUAUAUUGGGGAGGGCGUGAGCGGCCUGCUGCCUGCCCUGGUGGCUCUGAUCCAGGGAGUCGGAGUGGUCCACUGCAUAAACAGCACCCGGUCUCUGAACCACACCCUAAACUCCUCUGAGAGCUCCCUGACCUUUGACCUGCAGGCCCAGUAUCAGCCAGCCAACUUCUCCGCCGAUGGGUUUUUCUUCUUCCUCAGCGCCAUGAUGCUGGUGUGCCUGGUGGCGUUCCUGCUGCUGAACUACCACCCGUCCGUGGCCAGGGAGCACCCCAGCGGUCGAUACACCAACAGGGUGAAGGAGAAACCUCAGAGGGACAGGAAGUGGGCGGAGCAGAAGCCCAUGAUGGAUCCGUACAGACCUGCGGGUCAGAACCGCAGGAGCAGCUUUGGUACCGGCUCGUACAGCUGGACGCAGGUGAUUUACAUCUUUGUGAUCCUGGCCUGGGCCAACGCUCUGACCAACGUGGUGCUUCCCUCCGUGCAGUCCUACUCGUGUCUGCCGUACGGCAACAACGCCUAUCACCUAUCGGCCACCAUGGCUGCUGUGGCUAACCCUCUCGCCUGCUUCAUCGCCAUGUUCUUCCCCAUAAGAUCUCUGCUGCUGAUGGGAGCUCUCACGGUGGCAGGCAGCGGAGUCGGAGCUUACAUCAUGAACAUGGCAGCGCUGAGCCCCUGUCCACUGCUGGUUAAUCAAACCUCCGGCGGUGUCGUCAUCGUGCUAGCCUGGGUCCUGUUCGUUCUCACUCUGUCCUAUGUGAAGGUGAUCAUCGGGGUGAUCCUGCGCGACGAGGGCCACGGCGCCCUCGUGUGGUGCGGAGCGGUGGUGCAGCUGGGCUCCCUGCUGGGAGCCGUGACCGUCUUCCCCGCGGUCAGCUUGUACAACGUCUUCUCAUCCGGGGACCCGUGCAACACCAAAUGUGCCUGAAUGGAAAAUAAUUCACUUUGGAUUCAAUAAAGACUCGACAUCCGUGUUGGAACCAAUAUAUUCAACGGAGGAGACAAUUGAAUGAC